AACAUCGAAGCUCCCAAAAGUUCUCUAAAAUUUUAUCUGCCGCGUGCGCAUCUAACAUCGUACUUUACAAUCACCCGUCAAAAUGCUUCAAGGAAUUCAACACAAACUCUCCGAUUAUCACGUUGCUUACGCCAAAAGUGACGUUCCCAGAAUGGUGCCUAUUGCACCGGCUCCUGAUCGCAAAUAUUUGACCCUGGACCUGCAAACUGAUAAGAAGAAAUACAAUUACAAGAACACUGCGUAUACCGGGCCGCAAGCAGCUUCCAUUGCGAGGAGGAAUGCCCGGGAAAGGAAUCGUGUUAAACAAGUGAACGAUGGAUUCAAUGCCUUGAGGAAGAGACUGCCAGCUGCUGUCAUCGCUGCCUUAUCUGGCGGUGCUCGUCGUGGAUCUGGAAAGAAGCUGAGCAAAGUGGACACACUCAGAAUGGUCGUCGAAUACAUCAGGUACUUGCAAAACCUAAUCGACGAAAGCGAUGCAGCGAAUGGAGUUACAAGGACCGCGCAAGUGGAGUCCCAAGCGCCUUAUGAAGUAGAUGAAGGCGUUUUUGAUGGAAGUUCUCCGUAUUCUGACUCUGUGCCUUCACCAGCUGGUUCUGAGUGUUCUUCUGGAGUAUCGUCCGCGUACUCAGGUGGUUACAUCCCCAAUAACUACCAGCCUCAUGAAGAACAAGUGAGUCCUAUGGAUGAAGACGAUUUACUUGAUGCCAUUACGUGGUGGCAACACAAGUAGAUAACUACUACCUAGUGUAAAAAGUGCGGUGGUGUCUAGUCUUCAAAGUCAAUGAACUCUCAAUAAUUUAUUGCCUUUAUCGUAUAGAGAAAUAAUAGUUGUACGUAGAUAAUUCACUAGAUAAUGUAAAUUAUGUUGUUAUUGUUAUGGCUGUGAAUGUACAUUGUGUAUAGAUAUUCGAGUAAUGUUACUCGUUAUGUAAAUAAUAAUGUGUAUAAAAGAUUAUAAUAUAAAUGAAAAAU